AUGAAGCCGGUGCCGCCGUGCAUCUACAGCCCCUGCCGGGCGCUGUACCGCGUCCUCGUCCCGAAUCAUCCCAGGCUCGUCGUCUCUUCCGCCCAGACACCACCACCACCACCACCACCGCCCACCUUGCCCGUCCGCCAGGUACGGCCCUACACGCGGCCGCCGCGAAGAGCCGCCGCGCGCGGGUCACCGUCGUCGUCGUCGUCGUCGUCGUCGUCGUCGUCGUCGUCGUCCCCCGGCGACGGCACCCCCGACGAGCGCGAAGCAGCAGCAGCAGCAGCCAGCAUCGACAAGCGCUACACGACGCAGCGCGACGUCGAGCGCUCCGGCCGCGACCGCCUGCCCAAGGACCACGAGAUCACCGACCCGCGCAUCAUGGUCAUCGACGGCGGCGCCCCCGAGGGCCCCUUGCCCACGCCGCUCGUCCUGGAGCGCCUGGCGCCCCACGAGUCGCUGCGCAUGGUGCAGCCGUACGGGGCGGGGGGCGACGCGGCGGCCGCGGCGGCCGCGGGCCCCCGCUACGCCGUGUGCAAGAUCGUCGACAAGCGCGACGAGCAGGCGCGCCAGCGGGCGCUGCGGGAGCGCAAGCGCGCCGCGGGGGCGGGCGGCAAGCCCGGGCCCAAGGCCAAGACCAAGACCAAGGAGCUGGAGCUGACGUGGGCGAUUGGCCCGCACGACCUGGCCACCAAGAUGCGCCAGAUGGGCGGGUUCCUGGCCCGCGGGCUCAAGGUCGAGCUGCUGAUUGCGCGCAAGAAGGGCGGGCGGCAGGUCGGCGGGGGGGAGGCCGACGCGCUGGUGGACAGCAUCCGGGGGGAGGUGGCGCGCAGCGGGGGGAGGGAGGCCAAGCCGGCGACGGGGGACGCGGGGGGGGCCAUGAGGCUGUACCUGGAGGGGAGGCAGGGCUGA